AUGAUGAGAUUCCUGCAAGGCCUACUUUGUGCCUUUGGCCUAAUCAGCCUGGCCAGUGCAAAGGGUCCGGCGUGGAAGCUCGAUAGUUCAUGCCAAACGAGUGAUCUCAAUGACAUGGUCACUACCGCCGUGAAUAGUGCCUUUUCGAUGGCAGUCGAUGAGUCCGAUGCAUUCAACAAGAUCCUCUCCGGUGGGGACCUGGGCCCGAACAAGGACAACAUCCUCGAUGUUGUCAAGUGGAUGUUUACAAAAGAUAACGAAGAGCCGAAUAACGAGCGACUUGCUAUACUGAGAACGCGUAUGAAUCUUCUCGCCAAGGCAAAGGAUCGUAAAGAUAACGAGGAUCCGGACGGUGUGACGGUCGUAAUAUACUGUGGCUUUGACCGCUUUGAAGCGAGGGCUGACGGUCAAUGGUACGAUAAGGACCUUGAUUAUGUCUUCAAGAAGGACGAGUCAUUUGAGGCAUGCAAAGGCGCCCAACCUGUCGUAGCCUACACCGAGGUACCUAAGGAUCGCAAGAAGCCGUCCCAGGUUCAGUUAUGCCCAUGGUUCCUCAACUGGAUGAAAUCUAAAGACACUAAAAGCCUGAAAGAAGCCGAGGCUAAGGGUCUAUUUUGGCGGGCAAUCAGCAAAGGCCUAUCGAAGACGCACAUGUUGCUAACGCCUAUUGAUGUGACCUCGCUGCUCGACAAAGUGAUUCUGCACGAGCUAACGCACACACGUGUUGGUGGUGAGUCGGUGGAUGUUGAUGGGCCCAGCUUCCUGACUGUUAGGUAUGGGUGGAACAGGUGUCGGAAGUUGGCGCAGGAGGGAAGCAGUGAUCCUAGUCGGCAAGCACAGGUCAAUGCGGAUUCGAUUGCGCUUUGUGGGUCUGCCAUUAGGUACAUUAAGGAAGGGAAGCGGGUGAAGAAGAAUGGUGAUGUAGAGGACAAGUAA